AAGCCACACAUAUCUCUCCCUAUGCAAAGGUCCUGCCUCCCCUGCCUACUCCUCACAUGCAGCUUUGCAGCCUCCGCCGCAGCUGAACGUUUUUUAACCUGAUCUGCCCCAGGAUGUGGCUUCUGGGGUGACGUCGGGCCCAGAUGUUCUCCCCAGACCACGCCCACACCCGGGAUUGAAACACCCUCAGAGCAGCAAUAACGGGCAAAGCUUGUUCUACUGUCACAAUGCAAGGGAAGGGGUAGACCAGCAGCGUUAUUUUUUUUUUUUUAAUGUUUAUUAUUUGGCAUUCUACAAAAAAAAAAAAAUAAUAAUAAUCAGCUUUUGAAGCCGAUGAAGCCGCAGCUUCCCGAGCUGGGAUUUCCUCUCUUUCCUUUCAGUGGACUUCAAAUGCAUUCACUUUUUAAUGACCGGCCGGGUGGGAUCUUCCAGGACGAAGUGCAGUUUUGGUAAAGCUACAAACCCAGCACUCACAGUACGCAGCGUGCCCAGAGAGAGAAGACCCAUCCCCCACCCCCUCCGCCCACCAGCUUGGAUAUAUAGAGAUAUAUUUAUAUAUAUUUUUAUGCAAAGAGAGAAAAAGUGCAAUUCGAGAUUAAAACAAACAAUUUCUCUGUAAAAUGGCAGCCGCCGCCUAUGUGGAUCAUUUUGCAGCUGAGUGCCUUGUUUCCAUGUCCAAUCGCGCGAUUGUCCAUAGCCCCAAAGAGGACUCCGACACCUCUCCCGAAGGCGCAGCAGCCCUUCCUUUUCCGAAUGCUGAAGACAGACGAGAAGGCAGAGAGACUGGCAAGGACAACGCCUCUUUGAUCGUGGUGGCCAGGAUUUUAGCUGAUCUCAACCAACACGUUCCAGCUCCUGCCCCGCCGACGGAGAAGAGAGAAAAUGUCUCCAAAAAGGAGAAAUUACCUAGCCGCCUCCCUCCGUCGGGGGAACCGGCUCAGGAAGCCGCCUCCCCGGACAGUCGAUGGAGUGGAGAAGCAGCCACACCUACUAGUCCAGCAGGGAGCGAGCCCAGCCUCAAACAAAGGAGCAGACGGGGGAGAAGCCGAGCUGACCCCGAGUCACCUCAGAAAAAGCACAGAUGCCACUACGCGGGCUGCGAAAAAGUUUAUGGCAAAUCCUCCCACCUCAAAGCUCACCUAAGGACUCAUACAGGCGAGAGACCCUUCGCCUGCAGCUGGCAGGACUGCAGUAAGAAAUUCGCCCGUUCCGAUGAGCUGGCCCGGCACUUCCGCACCCACACCGGGGAGAAGAAAUUCAGCUGCCCCAUUUGCGAGAAGCGUUUCAUGCGCAGUGAUCACCUGACCAAACACGCCCGCCGUCACGCCAACUUCCACCCCAGCAUGCUCCAGCGGCGAAGCGGCGGCAGCUCGAGGACGGGCUCGGUCAGUGACUACAGCCGCUCGGACGCCAGCAGCCCCACCAUCAGCCCCGCCAGCUCGCCCUGAAUCUCCCCGGACUGGGCAAGCAGCAAACCCCAGCACACCCUCUGUGGCGUCCGAGUUGUUUUGCACUCGUCUACAGCUCUCUUCUUGCUUGUUGUUGCUGUUUCAUUUUUUUGGGGGGAAAAAUAAUAGUUCAGUUUCUUAGCUUACAGCCCCGGCAGAUACUUGUCACCUCCCCCUGUGGGUGGCUGAACUAACUUUACCAAUGGACGGAUUGAAUUCAUUUCCUGUAUCUAAAUCUUCCUUUUGUUUUAUAGCCAUAUGCUUCUUGUUAACCUAUAUUUUUUUUUAAGAAAAAAAAAAUUUUUUUAAAGCCAACAACAACGACGACAACAACAAAAACUUUUCUUCACCUCAGGUGUCAAAACAGAUUUGUAAAAAAAAAUGAAAUAAAAAAGCAAAAAUGAAAAAAACCAUAAAUUGCACAAAAGAAAACCAUGUGAUUAAAAUUCAACUAUGUUGAACUUGCCCUCCCCCUCCCCCCCCCAGCCCUUCCCCUUUCUCAGGGAUGGAUAUUUAUGUUACACAAUAAGUACAAUGAAGACACACCCUUACUGCAGCCUUACUCUGUAAAUAGAUUUGCACUCAGAAGUUUUCUGUUAGAUUCUUUCACACACUGGGAGAAAAAAGACAGACAAUAAUAAUAAUGAUGAUGAUAAUAAAAAGAAACAAGGACUGGAAGCUGGUGCUUGGCUGGUCAGUUGUUUCACGAUGAAAUGCAUUCUUUUUGGGUUGAUGUUAACACCAUGGGAGACCAAACUCAGAGGUUUGUGAACUGUGGUCUGUUUAGGGCUGCUCUGGUCUUGCUUCCCACUUCCCCCCAACUCCUAAUCUCUCCCCUUCCUCCUGCCCGUUGCUUCUGAGUGCCCAGUCUGUAAUCCUGGUUAUUUCUUCAAGAUGGGAUCCCACUUCCAAUUAC